UUUAACGAAACCUGCGUAGGCGCAUGCCAUUCUGUUUCAUACGUAACUUUCUAACUUUAACAAAAUAUUAGAAGACGCGCCGGUUUAUCAAAAAUAAGUUAGAAUGAAGUGUGGACAUUUAUGCAGUGUUCAUUAGUGUGUUAAGUUUAAUUAAAUAGAAAACUUGUGCUUAGACAACUUUUUAUUGUUCCAGUGCAACAUUCAAGUUUGAAAGAAAUGUGUUUAUAAUUGGUUUGAAUCAAGAGUUAGGAUGGGAUAUUGAGAUGGACAAAUGAAGACUAAAGUCGAAAUACCAUGUCGCAACGCGACUUCUCCGAGGUUGAGCCUUCUGGCUCAUCAUCUCUUGGAGCUGCAUCAAGAGCUGUCUUCGUGGAGAAGGUGAGAGCUUCGAACGCCGCGUGCCAGGCCGGUGACUUCACCACAGCGGUCGCUCUCUACACAGAUGCCCUGACCCUGGACCCAGCUAAUCAUAUCCUGUACAGCAAUAGAUCUGCUGCUAGACUUAAGCAGGGACAGUUCGCAGCCGCUCUUCAAGAUGCAACUCGUGCGCGGGAACUUUGCCCUAAUUGGCCAAAGGCUUACUAUAGACAAGGUGUGGCAUUGCAAUGCCUUGGUCGUCACGGCGAGGCGUUGGCCGCAUUCAGCUCAGGACUUGGAGUGGAGCCGUCAUCACGUCAACUUCUGGCCUCCUUAGUAGAGGCCUCAUUGAAAUCUCCGCUGCGAAACACUCUGGAACCAACGUUCAGGCAGCUGGAAGCUAUGAAACUUGAUCAAUCUCCUUUUGUGUUAAUAUCCGUGGUUGGACAGGAACUCCUAGCAGCAGGCCAUUACCAGGCUGCUGUUACAGUUCUGGAAGCAGCGCUGAGGAUAGGAUCCUGUUCCUUAAAGUUAAGGGGAUCAGUGUUCAGCGCUUUAUCAUCAGCUCAUUGGGCGCUCAGCCAACUGGAUGCAGCAAUAAACUACAUGCAGCAAGACCUGGCCGUUGCCAAGUCUCUCGGAGACACGGCUGGGGAGUGCAGAGCUCAUGGAAACCUUGGUGCAGCGUACUUCAGCCAGGGGUCCUAUAAAGAUGCAUUAACUGCACAUCGCUAUCAGCUCGUAUUGGCUAUGAAGUGUAAGGACACAUAUGCGGCCGCAGCGGCGCUGACCUCGUUAGGCCACGUGUACACAGCUAUCGGGGACUACUCCAACGCACUGGCCAGUCACAAGCAAUGCGUGCAGCUCGUGAAGCAAAUGGGUGACAAGCUGCAAGAAGCACGGGAGAUCGGGAAUGUCGGCGCGGUUUACCUUGCAAUGGGGGAGUUUGAUUCAGCCGUGGACUGUCACACGCAGCACAUCAGACUAGCAAGGCGACUUGGUGAUCAAGUGGAAGAAGCACGGGCCUAUUCGAACCUGGGUUCUUCGUAUCAUUACAGAAGAAAUUUCACACAAGCUAUCGCGUACCAUGAGAAUGUGCUGAGGAUAGCUCAGAACCUUGGUGACCGAGCUAUUGAAGCGAGGGCCUACGCAGGUCUCGGUCAUGCUGCAAGGUGUGCCGGUGAUUAUGCUCAAGCAAAAAAAUGGCAUGAAAGACAAUUGGACGUAGCACUAGCAGCUAGAGACAAGGUUGGAGAAGGACGCGCUUGUUCAAAUCUAGGUAUUGUCUACCAAUUACUGGGAGAACAUGACGCGGCCUUGAAACUGCAUCAAGCUCAUCUUUCAAUAGCCCGGCAGUUACAGGACAAAGCCGGAAUGGGCAGGGCGUACGGGAAUAUAGGUAACGCAUACUCCGCCGCCGGGUUCUAUGAACAGGCCAUCAAAUACCACAAACAGGAGCUCACCAUCUCCAAGGAAGUGCAUGAUAGAAGCUCCGAAGCCUCGACCCAUGGGAACCUAGCUGUUGCGUACCAGGCCCUAGGAGCUCAUGAUAUGGCGCUAUUUCAUUAUAGAGCUCAUUUAGGAAUUGCUCGAGAGCUGAAGGACACGGCGGGGGAGGCCUGCGCACUCCUAAACCUCGGGAACUGCCUCUCGUCUAGAGGAGAGUUUGCUCAGGCAGUCCCCUACUACGAACAACAUCUGAUGCUGUCCCAAGAACUCGGCGACGUCACUGCUGAAUCCAAAGCCUGUCAUUUCCUGGGCUAUGCCCACUACUGCCUCGGAAAUUUCAGAGAAGCUGUCAGAUACUACGAUCAAGAUCUGUCACUAGCCAAAGAUUUACAAGACAAGAUGAACAUGGGCAGAGCCUACUGCAAUCUAGGUCUGGCACACCUUGCCCUGGGCAACCUGGAGACUGCACUCGAGUGUCAAAAGUAUUUCCUAGCCAUAGCCCACAUGACGCAACACUUGCAGGGCAAAUUUAGAGCUCUGGGCAAUAUUGGUGACGUGCUGAUUAAAAUGGGAGACGUCGAGGAGGCGGUGAAGAUGUACCAGCGGCAGCUUGGAUUCGCACGACAGGCCCGUGAUCGAUCUUUGGAGGCAGCCGCGUGUGGAGCUCUAGGACGCGCCAGAAGACUGCAGAGAAGGUUAGACGCUGCUCUAGGACAUCACACACAGGAGCUAACUCUCAGACAAGAAGCAGGAGACUUGGCUGGCGAGGCGCGAGCUCAUUCGCAGCUAGGAGCUGUUCACGUGGUGCUGGGCAACUACUCGCAUGCGGCCACCUGCUACAGGGAACAAUUAGAACGGGCGCAAGAGUUACAAGAUUGUGCUUUGGAGGCACAAGCGUACGGCAACUUGGGUAUCGUCAAACUUAAUAUGGGACAUUACGAAGAUGCUAUUGGUUACUUUGAACAGCAACUGGCGAUACUGGAGCGAGUAAACACACCCACGUGUCAUAUAGACCGCGCUGAAGCUUUGGGCUUCCUCGGCAAUUGCUACGAUGCUCUCGGGGACCCUGAUGAAGCCCUGAAGUACCAUGAGCAGCAUCUAGCGGCCGCAUUGAAACUCAACAGUGCAAGGGAACAAGAACGAGCGUAUACAGGCCUUGCGAUGACAUACAAGUCGAUGGGAAAUCUCCAGCAAGCUCUGGUCUGUCUGGAAAAGCGCCUGGUGGUAGCGCACGAGCUCGGAGAUCCAGUUGCAAAGGCCCACGCGUACGGAGAACUGGGUGCUUUACACAUCUCACUCAACAACUUAGAACAAGCCGUAUCAUGCUUGGAACACAAGAAGAACAUUGCGAAAGAAUUAGCCAAUCGGAUAAUGGAAGCGGAAGCAUGUCACGCCUUGGGCGCGGCGCACCAAGCGCUCGGCGAGCAUGCUACUGCGCUGAAACACCACCGAGCCGAGCUUGAGCUCGCCAACGCGCUCGGCUUGACACACCUACAGGGUCGUGCUUGCGGCGGUCUGGGAGCCGCGCACGCAGCGACGGGCGCACACGCCGAGGCGGCCCGCUGGCACGAGUCUCGAUUGAGGCAUGCUACUGCUUCUGGUGACAGUCGCGGCAGAGCUAAUGCUCUCGCAGACCUGGGUCGAGCUCAUCUCGCCAUGGGCGCAUGUGGGAGCGCUGUGUCCUACCUGAGACAGUCACUUGCAGCCACCGAAGGUCUAGCUGAUGCUGAUGAGGAGUCUCGAGUUCGUCACAGACUCGGGUUCGCUUUGUGGGCGUCUGGUGAGCUGGAAGAAGCGAAGGACCAGUUGCAAGCAGCGCUGAAUGUUCUGGAGUCCAGCAAUGAGAAACACAGGGACAGAAAGAUGGCAGCGUUGUAUACAUCAACACAACACGCACUGCAGAGGGUCCUAGUUGAGCUGGGUCGAGAAGGUGAAGCAUUGUUAGUGGCGGAACGAGGCCGGUGUCGCGGCUUGGACACUUUGGACAAACAUGUGUCAUCACAGAACAGUGAUGUUCAUAACAUGCAGAGAAACGUUACAGAGGAUGGAAACAAAGAAAGAGUGGAGCAAUGGCUGCCGUCGAGUGUUGAUCAUAUCCUGGAAGUGGUAAACAAGCUGAAAGCACCCGUGUUGUACUACAGCCUGGCAGCUGGAAGACUUUAUUCCUGGCUUAUCCAACCACAUAAAGGAAUAUUGAGGUUCCACCAAGUGUCGCUGAUAGACCAAGUGGAAGAUGGUGACAACAGUCUCCCCGACAUCAGCGCCGAUGAUCUUAAAACCAACACCAAUGUGGUUAAGCUGGAGCGGUGUAUAAAUGAAUGGUCUACCUGGUUGAAGACGGCUGAACGCAGAGACGAAGAGUGGGAACCAGACGACAGACCGAGCACUGGUCUGGCUAGAAUAGUAAAUCGUAAUCAUUUGCUGAACUCUUCAAAUUACUCACUCAGUUCGCUGUUCAGCGUGGGCUCAGUUGGAGGCUCUGUGGCUGGUUCCGUGGCGAGUUUGCAAGGAUCUACAAGAUCCAGUAUCCACGGGCCACGCAAGAACAAGCCGUCGUGGCAAGGACCGCCGUGUCUCCUGGACCUUUAUCAAAUGCUUCUCGCGCCAUUCGAAGAUUUGUUGCCGGCUUCGUGUAACAAUAACCACGCGUCGCACAGCCACCGAGGGUGUGGCGGUCGUCGGGAGCUGAUCCUGGUGGUCGAGGGAGCCCUGUUCGCGUGUCCAUGGGGGGCGCUUCGAGCGGGCGCUGACGCCGAGCCUCUGUGCGAGAGAUACGCACUCCUGGCCGCGCCCGCCAUCAAACCGCUCAGACCUCACAAACAUAACAGGCAGAAUCGACUCCGCUCUGAACAUGGUACAUCCAACAAUGAGUCAGGGAUGAGGUCGCUAGUGAUUGGCGGCGCCCGGGUGGGUGGGUCGCGGUGGUCGUCUCACCCUGCCCUGCUGAAGGAGGCUGAGCUGGUCGCUGACAUGCUGAGGGUUACUCCGCUCACUGACUAUCAAGCAUCAAAGGAAGCAGUAAUAGCCCAGCUUCCUCAAGCCGAGUGCAUACACUUUGCUACACAUGUGUGCUGGAAGACAUCAGCAAUUGUACUUAGCCCUGGAGAAGUUGUGGAUUCACAAGCAAAAAGGCUGAAUUCAAGUGUGGGGGGCAAUGCUGCCGAUACAUCGACCGAAACAGAGGAAGAAAAUGCAGAUAUAAUAUCGCAUAGCAAUGAAGAUCUGCCACCUAUUUCAGAAUUCAUGCUGACAGCAUCCGAAAUUAUGAACUUGAAGUUGACUGCAAGAUUGGUAGUAAUAUCAUGCGCGCCAUCUACAUCUGUUAUCGAAGAAUCGGAUAGUUCAGAUGCAGUAACGAAGGCCGGUGAGGGAGUGUCUCGGCUCUGCAGGGCACUGCUCGCUGCUGGGGCUCAAGCUAUACUGGUCACGUUGUGGCCGGCGCCUCAAGAUACUGCCACUAAGAUACUGUAUAGGGCACUGUAUUCUGCACUUCUACAAGGAAGCAGGGUUGCCAAAGCUCUGGGCGACGCCAUGCAGACCGUGCGGCACACGAAGCACUUCGCACAUCCCGCACACUGGGCCGGCUGCGUGUUGCUGGGCAGCAACGUGCGUCUCAGCAACAAGGUGGCGCUCAUGGGACAAGCGCUGUGCGAGUUACUAGCGUCACCCGCCCCCCACUGCAGGGACGCGUUGCGAGUUUGCCUUCACUUAGUUGAGAAGUCUCUUCAGCGAAUAGUGCGAGGGCAGAAGAAUGCCAUGUACACCACACAGAAGAGUAUAGAGAAUAAAGCUGGAAACGUCAGCGGAUGGAGGGAGCUGCUCAUGAGUGUUGGAUUUAGAUUCGAGCCAGCCGCUAACGGUAUUCCAUCUAGCGUGUUCUUCCCGCAGAGUGACCCUGAGGAACGCCUCACGCAGUGUUCUGCUAGUCUACAGGCACUUCUAGGUUUAACCCCCACCACGUUGCAAGCGCUGUCGAAGUUGAUAGCCAACGGUGACGUGGCUGAUGACAUCAUAUCCGUCAUACGAUCCAUCAUCUCGCAGUUCUCAGUGAAGAGUUCUGACACCGAUACCAUUGAGGUUUCUGUCAACGUUAGGUUAUGGCGUGUGAGCGGUUGUCACGAGCUCUUGGCCUCGCUCGGUCUCGAUCUGGCGGAGGUAGGCCAGGAUGACGUCACUCUCCGCGGCAAGGCGACCAACAGACGACACGUGCACUUCGUUCUACAAGCGCUUCUUGCACUAUUUGACACACAAGAAGCCCCAAGAAGCUUGAGUUUGGAGUCCAGCUCCAGCGUGGAAUCCUUGGCGUCUAUUGACGAUGGAGAUCUUGAACCUCAUUCCGACGGCGAAAUAUCACAGAAACAACAAAGACAAGACUCCGCAUCAUCAGUACCCCCGCCGCCUCUGCCAUUAGGUUCGUGCGGCGGUGCCUUCACGAUGUACGUGCGUGGAUCCGGAGCAAGCAGCGAGGUCGGUAGAGGAGAGCCAGAUGGGCGCACAGCCCCUCCCCCCGCACCGCCCCCACCCCGCUACCGAGGAGAGAGUGACGCAGCGUUCACUCCCUCUCCCCCCGCUGCACAACAAAACGUCUCCCUUGCCCUAGCACACCAAACCAAAAUACGCACACUAUACACCAGAAGACCCCCAUCUGACGACUCUGACUGGGAGAGCUCUGGACAUGAUACCGUCCUCAGAAGGCGACCUGACCUUCAGCAGCGGUAUUUCGAUGCUUGCUAUUAUUUAGUCUCAGAACAACGCAGAAGAACUGAAGAAGACAAGCAAGAGAACCAGCCAUCUACAUCUAAACGUACACGACCGAAGAUCAACAGAGACCCCAUGUCUCAAGUUAGACACAUGAGCGGCGAAUUGACUCCAACUAUCUCAGAAGUGUACCAUGAAAGAAGUAUUGGAUUGGGACUUGCACCACCACUUGCUGAACUUCUUUUGGCAGAAGAUUCAAAGACUGAAAUGCGUACUGCUAGUUCCAGUGAGAAUCUUCUUUUGCAGAAUGUAGAAAAGUUAGGAUUAUUGGGUGAUACGACUGAAAAUGCAGAACGUUGGGGAGUUUCUACUAACUCCAGACCUUGGCUAUCCACGGCACCACUGGAAACUGACGUCCAAGGUUCUGACUUAACGACAGCGGAAAUUAUAGAGCGGCAAAAUAAAUUCAAGAAAGACACAGAACCCAAGAGAAAAGAGGAGAACGCUUACGAUCUAAAACCAAAAGAAGAGACUCCAGGCCCCAGCGGUAUAGAGAAACGCUCCGUGUCACCAUUUUUAGAAUUGUCGAAAAGAGACGAAGGAGAUGGAAGAAGUAUUGCAGAUUCACAUUCAUCAUACAAAACAUUAGUUUUGAAUCCACGCCCGCCAUAUCUACCUGAAGAGGGAGAAUCUAGUAAGAGUCACGAGGGGGGUAAAACACAUCCACGAAUUAGAAGACCACCUGUACGAACUAGACCAACUUAUACCACAUUAGAUUUUCCGCCCAGUAAAUGAUUGUAAUUAUGUAAUAUUAUGUAGACAAUAUAACGAGCUAAUAAUGUUUUGUUUCUUGUAUUUUAAGUCGUAUAUUGACUUAUAGAUGUCGCUUUAGGGCAAUCCUGACGCCAUUACCUUCCACGUAUCAUGGUGAUCAUCCAGUAACACGUUAAAGAGAUAGAUAGGAAGUGGGUAAAAUCAAGAACCAAUCCACAUAAUAUGAGACAUUUAAAAUGUUUUUCCAAUUUGUAAUGUGAAACAAUUAAGUAAAAGUAUUCUCAUGGAACGUUGUUGAACAACAGAGAAUAGUUCUACUAAAAUUUUAUUUGAAAGUAAUUUGUAAAGUAAUUAAAAUACUUUACUCUUAAAUGGGCAGCAAAAUAUAUUUUAUCUUGUUUUGUUAUAUUUUAAUUAUUAAAUUAAACAAUACACCUAAAUCUAUGGCACAGGAUGCCAGUUAGAUGGGUACCAAAGUGGCGUAUUUUUGCCGACAAGCAGUAAAUUGCAGGCAUUUUUUAUGUUUCGGUGUGAAGGGAGAGAAUUUUGUAUAUACUUAAACAUCCUCGCACCUCUCAAAUGCUGGCUCGAACAUCUCUGGUAGAAAGGCAGUGUUAAACCUUAAACAAUAACAACGCUUAUAAUUUUUUAUAUUCGGUGCACACUAUAUAACCCGAGUACUUUCACCUAACUAUACUCGGCCCUAUAAAAUGAAAUAAUCAAACUCACAAAUAACAACUUAAAAAAUAGGUGAUAUCUAUAUUAUGUUAUAUUGAUAUAUUUCUAACAUUAUUUGGCUAUGAUGAAUGCUGUCAAACUUGUAAAUUUUUUAAUUUAAGAUCAUUAUAUGCAAAUAAAUACUUAGUAAUUAUUUCCAUUAAGAUAAAUUCAUUAUUUAUUUACUGAUUUUAGUAACGAGAAGUUUCUUGCCAUUGUGUAAUUGUAUAAAUUAAUUGUGAAUAAAUAUGGUUAAAUAAUAAA